UUACACAUUUUCUUGAGGUUAUAUACAAAACAAAGUUUGUUUUCGUUGUUUCACUCCAAGAACAAAACAUUUAAACAAUGAGGAAAGAAAAAUACAAAAUUACCAGAUAUAAAGAAUGCCAAGAGGCGUUUCAAGAGGAUUGUGAAAUGCUUCUGCGGCGUUUUUUACUUAAUUCAUCCUACAGUUACACGCAAUUUUCACAAAUCUGGAAGGAACUAAAGUUUGGAUUGAUUUUUGUUGGAAAAUACAGAGAAUAUGAACUGGGACAUUUCACUCAUAUGCUGUUGCAUUGUGCAAAAAAGUAUUUGCUGCUGCCGGAAUGCAAGUUUACUCAAACAGGAGGACUUUAUUUGUUGUAUGGGAUAUACAACAAACAACCAAUCAAGCACCUAAUAAAAAUCCGCAUAUUAAAAGACGAACUCGCCACAAUCCACCUCUACCUCUCCAACAUGAAAACCGAAAACGCCCUGGAACCAAUCUACAUCUUCACCAAACUCUACCAAGACAACGCCUUCGAAUUCGUCGCAUCACAACACGAACUCUUGCCUGACUGCAAAUACGGCUCAGCAGACCUCACUCUACUCAACGACAUAUUUCCCAACAGCGGCAGCAAUAUCAUCAACGAAUUCACCCAGGAAACAACCACAAGCCUCGCUAAUAUCACCGCAAUCGAUCGAGAAAUGACAAAGAAACUCGAAGCAUACAAAAGAAAACAUCAAGAAGCAUUCAUCGUGUACGAUGAAGCAAUCAACGCCGAAAUGGUCAAAGUAUUAACAACAAAUGAACAUUUAACCAAACAAUUACCAUCAUCACCCAACCAAGACACAAAUACAAGUGUUUUAAGUCAAGUAGACUUAGAAGAAGCCAGAAUAACGAGCACAAAGAAGAAAGACAUCAUUAACAAGGCAUUUUCAAUGGACACACGCAGUAAACACUUGAAACAACUUGUAGGCGAUGCGAAAUUGAAAAAGAAUUAGUAUACAAUUACAAUACG